GAAGAAGCAGUUGCUCUCUCAGCUUUGCUUACUUAAUAAACAAUAGAUAGAGGAAAGUUAGGCCAACCGUUAGCCUCCCUCCAAACCCUCUGAUUCCCUUGGAAUCAAAGCAAAGCUUGAGCAGUUGAUUCUUGGUCACCAUCUGAGACACCAAAACUUCACCUUACUGACAUAUUCUUCACACCCAUCUUGUGCUAAUCCUCUUGAGUCUUGCCCAAUUCUUCUAUAUUACAUGUGAAUUCCUAAGGAUUUCAUUCAUAUCGAAGGUCCAUCCAUACACACCAAAUAGAGCUUCUGACCUCUACUGCAUGUUAUAGUGCUUGCCAAAGUUUCUAGCUUGAAGUUGGUGUCAAAAUUCAUGGUGGCAUGGUGCAGACCCAAUUGAGUUCUUCUACUAAGGGAAUAUAUUUAAUAGCACACACCCAUAAUUGGUGCUUGAAUAUUGAGGUUGAUGUGGGCUUUGUGAUUAGGUUUCAAAUCUGAAAAGUGAUCCUUGCUGCAGCAAACAAGUUCUUGCUGAAGUUUUGAGUCCUCAAAGAUACAAGCUUUUCAAACCAAUUCUCAAGGGCUGCCCAACCCAGCUGGUAUUUUUUCAUGUUUACCUCACUCAACUCUCAUGAAUAGUGUGACAUGUGAAUUACAGGCUUUUAACCAAUACCAACUGCUGAGACACUUUUUUCAUGACUCUCAAUACAAUCUUUAUGAUUUUAAGUCUCUCUUCUGCUGCUAUUCCAUUUUCAGUUAAAACCACAUAAAAUUUCUCUUUAUCCAAAAAUCCAAAUUGUUUGUGAUCAUAGAGUGGACAAAGGGUAUUAUUAGUCUAUCAUUUGAAAAAGUCUGGAGCUUGAUCCUAGUCCUAUAAAAUAAUUCCGAAGUAUGAAUACCCGGUACUUUUUCCCACCAGAAUCCUUGUGUAAUUCAGGCAGUGCAGUUUCAUUUUCAAAUCUUCCACUUGGAGAAGGUCGUUUGGUUGUUGGCCCUCGACAUAGGCCUUCUCGUGCUCUUCCUCCUUCAUCCUUCUUGGUUAGGAUGGCAGUAAGGAUCUCUAGAGCAAGGUGGUUCUCGUUCUUAAGAAGAGUGUUCCACUACCAAAAUGGAUCAAGAUCUGAUCUUGGCAAUAACCCUUUCAAUUCUAGCACUUGGAUGUUGCUGGAGUUUAUAGCUUUAAUUAUUCAAAUGAGCAUCACAUCAUUCACUCUGGCCGUUUCUAAGACGGAGAAGCCUGUUUGGCCUAUGAGAAUAUGGAUUGUUGGUUAUGAUAUUGGUUGUGUCCUUAGUCUGCUGCUGCUCUAUGGGCGCUACCGGCAUCUUCAUCUGUCUCAAGUAGAUGGUUUCAGCCUUUCUGAUGUGGAACAGCAGAGGGGCAGCGAAGAAUCCAGGAUCUCACAUUUGAUGAACAAAUGCCGGACUUCACUUGAGCUGUUCUUUGCAAUAUGGUUUGUGAUGGGUAAUGUUUGGGUUUUUGACUCACGCUUUGGAUCCUUUACUCGAGCCCCAAAACUUCAUGUACUCUGUAUCUCCCUGCUAGCCUGGAAUGCUAUCUGCUACUCCUUUCCUUUCCUACUGUUUUUGCUGCUAUGCUGUUGUGUGCCACUAAUUAGCAACUUCGUUGGAUACAACAUGAACAUGGGGUCAACUGAAAAAGGCGCAUCUGAUGAUCAAAUCUCCCAGCUUCCUAGUUGGAGAUACAAAGAAGUUGACAGCAAUUUAGAGCUUGGCAAUGAUACCGACUGCAAUUCAGAACUUUCAAAUGAAGAUCCAGAAUGCUGUAUUUGCCUAGCUAAAUACAAGGACAAGGAAGAAUUGAGGCAGCUGCCAUGCACUCAUGUUUUUCAUCUCAAGUGUGUGGAUCACUGGCUCCGAAUUACUUCUUGCUGUCCUCUUUGUAAACAAGAACUACAGAGGUAGAAAGCAAGUAAUCACAUAGAAGCUGAAGUUUUUAUUGGUCUUUCAUUUCAUUUUCAUUUUAAUUUUAAUUUUAAUUUUUUUUUCCUACGGGGUGAAAUAUAUGUAUUUACAUGGUUACUUGAGUGAGUAUUGCUUGUACAUUGGAGGUCACCAGUAAUCAUAAAUAUACUGAAGUCUACUCUCUCUUUGAGGAUAUGGCCGGGUGAUGAGCUUGGACUCCUUGCUUCCUAAAGGUUGCAGAGUCUAUUAGCCCACCAGGAUAUACAAACACUUGUAUAUGAUUUUUUUGAUUGUCAAUAAUGUGUGGAGCACAUGUACUACAUAAUGAAUCAAUACUCAUUAUAUAUUAUACAAAUUUGUGAUCUUUCGGUC